AAUUUUCUUUUAAUUUUAAUUUUGAACAUUAAAUUAUUUUUCCAUAAAAAUUUUCAAUAGUGACUAGUAUACAAGAUUUACAGUUUCAAUUAAAAUUAAUAAACAAAAAAAAUCAAGAAUUACGUGAACAACUUAAAAAACACGAUCAAGGAGUAAUGGAAGAAUCUAACCAAAAUUUACUAAGAAGAUCUUCAGUAUCUUCAAGUGCAUCAACAUCCUCCAUUGAAUCACGAACUUCUUUAAAUCAACCAAAACCAGAAGUUACGUCAAUUCAAGCUUCAAGUCAAUUAGAAUCACGUACAUCUACUGUUGCAAAACCGCAGGGCAGUACAGCUAAAAAUAUCUGUAAAGUAUUAAAUUUACAAAAAAGUGAUUAUCAAGGAUAUCGGGGUGAUCUACGAGAUCUGAUCAAAGCCGGAUCAUUAGAAUUAGAUAAAAAAUGGAAAGAUCAGGAUAUGAAAAGAAUUUUAAACCUUAUAAAAUUGUUUAAACAAAAAAAUCCCAAUUUUCCUAAUUGUGCUAACGAUUGGGCUAUAAAAGAAAUGGCACGUGGAAUAAUCAAUAAUAAGCGCGAAUAUUUCCGAGAUAAAAAAAAUCAGGUAGAAGCCGAAAAAAAUAAUAGUGAAAAGCAGAAAGAACAAGAUAAUGAAGUACAAGAAGAACAAGAUAAUGAAGUGCACGAAGAACCAGAUAAUGAAGUGUUGACAAAUACGAAUAUUAUUGAAGAACACUCUCAAUAUAAGGAAAAUCAAGAGCCUUUUGGUGAUAAUUCAAAUCAAGCAUCUAAUAAGAAAAAGGGUAAAAAGAAAUUGAAAAGAGCAAUAGGAUCCAAUUUAAAAGAUGACCAUGCUAACAAAAAACAAAAAAAUGAUCAACGAAGGUCUCGAAGAUUGGCAACAACGUAAAGUAAAAUAAAAAAUUAGAUUUUAAAUUGGAAAAGUAUUGAUUAUAGAUUACGUCAAAAUAAGAUUUGUAAUACACGGAUUAAAUCAAAAAUAAACUUGCAUCAUUAUUUUACAGUAUAUGCAAAAAAAAAAAUUUCGCGUAAAAAAAAUCAGUCUUAACAAAUUUAGAAACCAUUAAA